AUGGAGAAGGCGGAUUCACCCAUUAUGGUGGACGUCAAUGGACAUGGAACCCGCUGUGCGAGCGUAGCCGCCGGUGCCAACAUAGGAGUCGCUCAGGGCGCGACCGUAGAGAGCAUUCGGGUAGCUGGAUCCGAUGGGUUAGCCGCGGCUGACGACGUCCUCGCAGGGCUUGACGACGUUCAACGGUGGUGGAACAACAACCCGGGUUCUAAGUGUGUCGUCUCCUACUCACUGAUUUCCACGUCAUUUAGUACGACACUCAACUAUGCUUUCGGGAACCUCAGCGCGAAUACCGAUUGCGUGGUCGUCGUGGCAGCUGGAAACCAAGGUGCGGACAUCAGCAUGGCUGAUGCCUGUAACUACUCACCGUCUGGAUCACCUGAUGUUAUCACGGUCGGAGGGUCGAGAAACCGUAUGAAUGGCGCGAGCGAUGAUCGUAUCGGAAUCUCCAAUUACGGUCCUUGUGUCGACAUCUACGCCCCAGCAAGAAAUAUCGACCUCGCUGCCCCUUCCGGAAGCAGUAAUUCCAACUACUUAAGAUCAUCCGGCACCUCCUUUGCAACCCCUGCGGUGGCAGGUGCUGCCGCCAUGAUUCUGUCCACCACUAGCCUGACACCUACUGGGAGUGAGACAAUGACCGAUCUCGUCCUGGACAUCCUUAUUGCGACAAGUGCCAAGGACAAGCUGACGAGUCUUCCAGCUAGCAACGCCGCGGUUUUACCUUCCAAUAACCGCCUUCUGAACGUUGUCAGCAAUACUUACUACGCAUAAACCCCCGGUGGGUGUAGUUGGUGAUGACAAUGUACCAUGGUAAUUGACAUUGUCAUUUUCAUUGUCUUUGUCUUUGACAUGGUCAUUGUAACCCUGGUAGAAGACAACUUAAACUUUGAAUUGAUUAAUAGCUGAUUAAAACAUAGAUGAAUUAAUAUAAGUAACGGUAUCAAACGCUUCUAUCUUUUAUUUAAAUGAACAUUUCGUUUUAUUUUCUCGAUAUUAUUGGUGGUUAGUUUUCGUUUCUUGCUAAAACUGUUUUUAACUAAUCUUUCUUCUUUCUAUCAUGAUAUCACAAAUUCGUACUUCAAACAAAAAAUACUGUAGCAGUACAAUUUCAUUAUUCAGGGGGGGGGGGGGUCGGUGAGGUUUAGACAAUUCUGCUAUUCACAGGAUCAUUUACAAGUAUCUUCAUUUCUAGAUUAGAGUAUGUAGUUUUUUUACGUAUUGCCAUACAUGCUGUCCCUUUUUCUUUACCAUGUAUUCUAAAUAUUGAAAAUUAAGCUAUGAAAUGAUGAUAAUAAACGAAUGAUAUUGUUAGUUAGCAUA